AUGUCUCCAUCGGCUGUGGCACAGCUACCCCAGCAUGACAUGGGGCUUGCAAAAAUUGAUAUGAAAGGCAAGGGAAGCUCUAAUGGCCAUACCAAUGGGGUAAAUGGCGUCAAAAAGCCCGAAUUUCUCCUCGACCGGAAUCUUCACAAGACCUUCCCACUUGUAACUCGCGGCAAGGGGAACUACUUGCAACUCGCCGACGGACGCACUAUUUUUGAUGCAACCUCCGGUGCAGCGGUCUCUUGUCUGGGGCACGGGAACGAGCGGGUGAUCAAGGCUAUCAACAAACAGCUAACUACCGGCGUUCCGUAUCUUUGCUCCUCUUACUGGAGUUGUGAUGUGGUGGAAGAGCUCUGCAAGGAGUUGAUCAAUGGCACUGGGGGUGAGAUGAGCAGAAUUUACUUAACCGGUUCAGGAUCCGAAGCGAUGGAAGCCUCCAUAAAGCUUGCUCGGCAAUACUUCUAUGAAGGCGACAAGAACACCCCGCGAGUGAACAUCAUCGCUCGUGAAGGGUCAUAUCACGGCAAUACCAUUGGCGCGCUUGGUGUAUCUGGGCAUGUUGCACGUAGGGCUCCAUACGAGCCUUUCCUUAUGAAAGUCCAUCGCGUAUCAGCAUGCAACGCAUACCGCCAACGAAGAGAGCGGGAAUCCGAUGCAUCAUUCGUCGCCAGAAAGGCCUCCGAGCUCGAGGCAAAAUUUCAAGAAUUAGGACCUGAGACAGUCAUUGGCUUCGUAUGUGAACCAGUUGUAGGAGCGGCAUUAGGUUGUGUUCCCGAUGUUCCUGGAUACUUAACGGCUAUGAGAGCUGUUUGUCAUAGACAUGGCGCCCUCUUCAUACUGGAUGAAGUUAUGAGCGGUAUGGGUCGUUGCGGCACUCUACAUGCCUGGCAAGCCGAAGGCGCGGCGCCUGACCUCCAAACUGUUGGGAAAGGCCUAGGAGGUGGCUACCAACCAAUAGCAGCAGUCUUGAUCUCAGACAAGAUCGUCAGUUCAUUGUCAAAUGGGAGCGGCCAAUUCGUCCAUGGACAAACUUAUCAAGCAAUGCCCAUCCAAGCAGCCGCAGCACUUGAGGUGCAGAAAAUCCAACGAGAAGAGAAUCUGAUCAAGAAUGUCCAGGUCCAAGGAGCUUAUCUCGAGAAGCGCCUAAAAUCGCUCUUAGGAGGUCACCCGAAUGUGGGCGAUAUCCGGGGAAAAGGUCUCUUCUGGGGCUUGGAGUUCGUCAAGGAUAAGCAGACCAAGGAGCCUUUUGAUACGAAGUUGGGUGUUGCACAACGGGUGCAUGACAUAGCCAUUGCAGCGCCGUUCAACAUGACAAUGUACCCCGGUACCGGAACCGUGGAUGGGAUUGCAGGAGAUCACGUUAUCAUCGCCCCAACCUACAUUGUCACGAGAGAAGAGAUCGACCAUAUCACCAAGGUCGUAGCCGAAGUCGUCCAACUCGUUUUCGAAAAGAUUGGAGACGUAUAG